GAGGGCGCUGCUCGGCCGCUGCCGCCCCUCCCGGGCCGGCGCCUCCCCUUCCCGGCGUCCCCCGCAGCGGCACCGGCGGCUGUCCCCGCUCCGUGACCUUCGGCGGCCGCCGCGCUCCCCCCCCGGCCCUAACGAUGGUGCAAGCCAUGAUUCCAAAGUCAUGGAGAGCCAUGAGGUUCUACUUCUCUACAGUUUAUCAAGAAGUAUGGGUCGGUAUAGCAUUAACAGCUUAUACCUAUUACAAAAUUUCAUAUGGUGGCAAAAAAGCAGUGGCAGAUAAGUCUUCUGACCAUCAUUAAAGAUCUCUUCUUGGAGAAUGAAUUUGGUGUUUGAUCAUCUUUACUGUACAUGAAGCAAGUUACGACCAUAGGGAAGUUAAUUCUAAAACUGUACCUGAUAUACUUCUGUACUUAGAAUAAAUCUGUUGAACAACAAGAAAUUAAACAUGUUGGACACGAUAUA